GAUGUUUUUGGUGGCCGAAUAUUUUAAUCUGAUUAUGCACAAUUUUGUGUACUGGUUGGAAGGAAAAAUGUGGGGAGCGUCGGGUCCCCCGCCUCCGUUGACAGACUUGGGCAUCAUGGCUUUUGCGGGAAUUUUCCCCCUCUCCUACAGCUGGUUGGUAGGAUUUUUCUUGUAUUUACUCAUUGCGAUGGUCUUGGUCCUUUGUCUGGGCCGCUUGCUCCUGAACAAUGUGCCCUGGGGGUGCCCGGAGACGGUGCUGGAGAAGCGAGAGGGCGAGACGCUCCGCACCUGCUGCAUACCCGUUCCCUUCGUCUACAUUUGUAAAAGGGCCUGUCAAGUCCUCACCAUUGGACUGGUCCUCCGCGUCCUUUCCUUCGUCUUUACUUUGGAACCGAACCCAGCCGACUACUGCCACCCUCCCUUUUGGGACCCCCCCGAUGCCCUCCUAGAGAUUUUGGGCCGGAUCGAAAUCGUGGGCAGCUGCGGAGAUUUGCUCUUCUCCGCCCACACCCUGCACGCGAUGGCCAUGAUGUUGACCGUCCUGAGGCAUGCGCCCGGCCUCUACCUCGUGACGGGCCUGGCCGUCGCCUCGAUGGUCAUGGUGGUGAUCUCCAUGCUGGCCUUCAAGAACCAUUACUCGCACGACAUCGUGACCGAUUGCGACCUUUUGAAAGUCGAGCUGCCUCCGGGUGACAUGUGGGGUGAGGGGAGGUGA